AUGAAAAUGGAGGUUUUGGUGGGUCCCGCUUUCACCAUCGACGUUCCGGGGUCUCCCCCUCCGGAAGGAAACGCGGAAGAUCGGAUCUUCCUUAAUGGGUCGCCGGAAAAUGACGGGUCGAACUUUCGGAUCUCGGCCCCGACCAAGUUCUUCACCGGCGGCGAGUCGGAGAGUUCGUCAUCGAUCGGAACCCCUGACGACAGUGACAACGAGGAGGAGGAAGUGCAGAGCAAGUUGAAGAUACGAACUGGGUUGGGGUCUUUGGAUGCUAUGGAAGAUUCUCUUCCCAUCAAGAGGGGAUUGUCGAGUCAUUUUGAUGGAAAAUCGAAAUCUUUCUCAGAUCUAUCUCAAGUGAGUGCUUUGAAAGAGCUGCAAAAGCAAGAGAGUCCCUUCAACAAGAGAAGAAGGGUUUUGAUUGCAUCAAAGUGGUCCAGAAGAUCAUCUUUCUAUUCCUGGUCAAACCCAAAAUCCAUGCCUCUUUUGCCUGUGGAUGAGGAUCAGGAUUACGAAGACGACGAUGAUGACGAUGAAGAGGAGGAGGAAGAAAAAGCUAGAAAAAUUCCCUCUGCUUCCUCCUCUUCAUCUUCCUCCUUGGCCGAGGAAAAGAAACCAGAAGAUCAAGUUCAGCUGCGACUCAACAGAGUUCCCGAAUCUUAUGCUGCUCAUAUGAGGCUUAGACUUGGAAGCUUCAAGGCAAGGAGCUUUUCUCUUGCAGAUCUGCAAGAACAUGAUGACGAGGAAGAAGACGAUGAUUGA